AUGCCAAGAUCCAAGCGUUCCAAGCUCAUUACAUUAUCUCAAACGGAUAAGAAGGGAAGAGAAAACAAGACCAGAAUUUUUGAUGAAGUCAGAGAAGCUUUAGAUGAAUUUCAAUUUGUGUGGGUUUUGCAAUUAGAUGAUGUUAGGACUCCAGUUUUACAAGAUAUUAGAUCUGACUGGAAAGGAUCUAAGUUGAUCUUAGGUAAGAGAAGAGUUCUCGAGAAGGCACUUGGUGACAACGCAAAUGAAGAAUAUAAAGACAAUUUACACAAAUUAACCAAAUUAUGCACAGGUGUGUCCGGAUUAUUAUUCACCAACGAAGAUGUUGAUACCGUCUCAUCUUACUUCACUUCAUACUCCAAGGCCGACUAUUCCAGAGCCAAAUCUAAGGCACCAAUUGACUUCACUAUCCCAGAAGGUAUAGUAUAUUCUAGAGGUGGUCAAAUUCCUCUCGAAGAAGAUGUCCCAAUGUCCCAUUCUUUGGAAGAGACCAUGAGAAACAAAUUUAAGGUCCCUACUAAAAUUAAGGCAGGUAAGAUCACUAUCGCAGAACCAUACGUAGUAUGUAGAAAGGGUGACAACUUAGAUGUAAGACAGGCAUUGAUAUUGAAGCAAUUUGGUGUUGCUGCAUCUGAAUUCAAAGUUAACAUGGUUGCUUACUACAAUAACGAGUCAUCUGAAGUUGUCAAGCUCUAA